CCUGUUCUGUCCACCCGCCCGCCCGCCCGCCCACGUUCGCAGGAACCCGUCACACGCCCUGGGACUGGGGCCUGUGCUGGUGUCGCGUCACGUGUGUGUGUAUGCUGGAGUCAGGUCAGACAGUGUGACGCCACGCCUCUACGGCCCCGGGACAUAAGGUCGGCGCCAGCAACAGCGGACCAGCUGUGCCGCGGCGCACCCAAGGCUACUUAAGUGUGUCCACGCCCCGGGUUCUCUCAGUCUCACUUGUGGCGAGUGACGGUGUGGUGCUGACGGCGGGUGGUGGAAAGGACAUCGUCCACCCCGGCGAGAGUGUGAUUGUGUGGACUUGUCUUUGUGGUGUCAAGCGCGACCUCAAGCUCACCUGGUGAAAAAGUCUCCAGGGAAGACCCUCGGUGGAUCAGGUCGUGACCAGGAUUGCCACAACACCUGCUUCACCCUCCCGAGUCCCCCUUCAGGUGCCCCGUCGGAGACCAGCUGCUCCGGUAGCAGGGCGAUCCACAGGUGGCUGACACCGGCGUCAGCAGCAACGACGUAGCGGAGACAUCCCGCACGCACACACUUACGUACGCGAUUGUGCCUCGCGAACAUGGACGCGGUGAGCAAGGACAGCGGUUUCGCGGCGCUCGACCACGAUGACAACGAGGACGUGGUGGUCAAGACCGCCAUCAACGGCGAGGCUCCGCCGGCGGUGAAGACCGGGCCAGCCGACGUGCCGCCAGCGGCAGCCGCCAAACCUGUAAACGGCGCCGCAGGCGUGUCGGCGCCGUCCACCAAGCCGGAGCAGAAUGGCAAGCCAGUAGACGUUCCGGCGGACAAGCAGGGCGUGAGUGAGCCAGGCAAACCAGGUGAGGUCACAGGCCCUGUGCCAGCAGGUGGAGGAGCAGGAGCCGCGAACGGGGCGCAGGAAACGAAGCCGGACGAAAAGGACAAGCCCCAGGAAAAGAAACCCGAGCCAGGGAAGCCCAGCGAAGAAAAGGAAGCUAAGCCAGAGUCAAAGCCAGCCGAUAAGCCAGAGUCAAAGCCAACCGAUAAGCCAGAGUCUAAGCCAGCCGAUAAGCCAGAGUCUAAGCCAGCCGAAAAGCCAGAGUCAGCGAAGAAGGAAGAGGCGAAGACAGAGGAAGUAAAGGCGGAAGCGAAACCAGAAGAAACGAAAAAGGAACAGGUAAGCAAACCGGAAGAAGUAAAGAAACCAGAGGAAGCCAAGAAACCAGAAGAAACCAAGAAACCGGAACAAGCCAAGAAACCCGAAGAGACAAAGAAACCGGAAGAGACAAAGAAACCAGAAGAAGCCAAGAAACCGGAAGAGACAAAGAAACCCGAAGAGACAAAGAAACCCGAAGAAGCCAAGAAACCGGAAGAGACAAAGAAACCCGAAGAGACAAAGAAACCCGAAGAAGCCAAGAAACCCGAAGAGACCAAGAAGGAGGAGAAGGCUAAGCCGGAAUCCGCCAAGGAGGAAAGCGCCAAAGCCGAGACUCCCAAACCAGAAGAAAAGCCAAAAGCCGAGGACAAAGCCGUGGAAGACAAGCCGACAGCCGACGACAAGAGUAAGGUAGAAGAGAAGGCGGCCGAGAAGGACAAAGCAAAGGACGAGAGCAAAGGACAGAAGGAAGAGGAAAAGGAAGCGGGGAAGGGAACGUCGGCGUCCGUGGAAGCUCUUGGGUCAGAGGAAGGUCAUGAUAGCGGCGUGGAUGAAUCAACACAGGCCAAGGAGAAUGGGCAGGCCAGGUCCCCCUCGAAGGCUCCCAAAGGAUCUCCAAGAAAGAGGAUGCCCCGCUCCUCCGACCCUUCCCCCAUGAAGCGAACGCCACAAUCCACUGCCUCUGCUGAACGUAAAGUGCCGAUGAACAAGAUUGAAGUUGGCAAGACAGCUUCCCCGAAUCUGAAGGCUGUCAAGUCCAAGAUUGGGUCGAUGGACAAUGCCACCUACAAGCCAGGCGGAGGAAAGGUCAAGAUUGAGUCCAAGAAACUCGAUUUUUCCAAAACCUCGAGCAGGAUCUCGGCCAAAAAUGAAGCCUAUACACCCGGGGGAGGCGAGAAGAAGGUAAAUCCGGAUAAGAUUGAAUCCCAGAAACUGAAAUGGACAGCAACCAGCAAAGUUGGCUCCCUUGACAACAAGGACCACAAGCCUGGCGGUGGCGACAAGAAGAUUGAAACCCAGAAGCUGAACAUUAAGGCCCAGUCCAAGAUUGGCUCAAAGGACAACAUGAAACACAAACCUGGAGGUGGUGAUAUCCAGAAGAAGAGUGCAAAAUCUGAGGGAAAAAUUGAGCAAAAAAAACUGGACUUCAAGGAAAAGGCAUCCAGUAGAGUAGGCUCACUUAAUAACGUUAAGCACAAAGCCGGAGGUGGCGAAAAAAAAAUAUUUGAUGACAAGGAUUACCUCAGGCAGAUGCAAGGCUCACCCUGCAAAACCCCCACCAGUAAGGCCUCAUCAGAAGCCAAUUUGUCUCGAACACAGAGCCCAAGCCCUGGACUGACCUCACCUGCACCUCAGGAUGGACAAGCCAGUGCCAGCGGAGAGGUGACCCCAGCAGAGGGAGCUCUGUCCCCUUAAGAAGCUACUUGUGAACCUCAUUCUGAAUCAGGGUUCAUCAUUUGAUCAUAAAAUAAUGAUCAACAGUGGCUUCUUUGGAAAGGGAAAUUAACCGUGAUAAGUGCUUUGUGAAGUUCCAUAUGCUGUCUCAUGCAGAUUAUGACAGUGGAGUUUCCUUUAAGUGUUAAAUAGAUAAAACAUUCAUUGCAGGACGCAGUGUCAGAAUACGGUGAAUCACCAUAGAUUUCUUUCUCCCGUAAAAGGCAAAUUGGAUCUUUCUUUUUUUUUUACAAGACUGAAAGAAAUGCUUUGUGUAAGGAUAUUUCUGUCCACUGCACAGUCUGUUUAUAUGCAUUCCAUGUCAGUCCGGUUAUAUAUAUGUUAAUUUAACUUGCGGGAUGCAUGUCAACAAGUGCUAAUGCAGCUACUUUUGAUACAUGGUAAGCCUGUACUGUGAGGUUGAUAAACAUCUGUUUGCUCUUUUCCCUUAUAGAGAUUUACAUGUUAUAAUUUACCUACCAUGACAAGUAUGAUUAUAUAAUCCAGCCUGAGUACUUGCUCAUGGAAUAGUUUCUAUAGCUUGUUGCACACACCAAUAUAUUUUGGUUAGGAUACCAUUUGCUGACCCUUGUCAAAAAGAGCAAUAACAGUGGUAAAGGUUCCAUGUUGAUGAAGCGUUAUAACGUCUUCUGUAGGUAUAAAACUAGCUUUCAAAGGCCAGCCUCUUUUAGUUAUGUAAACUGUGUCAGGCGUCCAUGAUUUUGAUAUUCGUUCAUGGCAUGUUAACCAACUUGUGCUGUAGAAAACUAAAGCCUAUCUUGAUGUAUAUUUAAUAUAACUUUUAAUUUGUCCUUCAUGUACUUGCUUCUAACAGAUAUGGCUGACAAAAUUAGCAAAGUUUCCAUGCAUUCUUUUUACUUAUACUGUAUAUGUUUGAGGUUUGUUUUUAAAAUUGUGAUGUCAUGAGUCAUACCUUUAUAGGCAGUUUGUCCAGAAACUAGCUACUAGGCUUUCACUAUUCCUCAAAUCUUCCAGAUGCAAAUCAAAUUCUUAGAUACAUUUCUAUAUGGUCUUAAAGCUAGAAUAAGGAAGCUUUUAUUCCAGUAUGCCUUGUAAAGAUUGGUGAAGAUGACUCCAGUUACUUUUCUUUCCCUGCUGCUCCCCUGUAGGUGAUCCAUGAUUGGGUGAUCAUUUUGUAGAGUCUGUGCGAACUGGAAUCAAGAGGUUCAUUAUGCUCUGCCAAGUGUUCGUCUGUCAGUCUUAAUGCAUUUUUUGCCAGCAGGUGAAAAAGUAGCCAUCUUAAAUGGAGUUAAAUAUCUGAUUGUACUAUAAUCAAGCUGCAAAAGGACUGUCCAUGGAAACAAUAAAAUUAUAAUACUGUUCAUGCAAAGCUUAUAAGAUGCAGAAAGAUAUAACAACUGACUGCACUCUUAAUUAAUUUAAUUAUCACUGUCAUGCAUACAUUUCUUUUCAUGCAUUACUAAGUCAUGCCAUUGUUUCAGAUUUUUCUAGAGAACUGUCUAAAGGUCUUGAAUAAGGGGUUUUCUCCAGUACCAAGUUCUUUCAAUACCCUUGUGACUUCUGUUUCCCUGGGUUUAUACACUUUAUUUUCAAUUCUCACUGAUCAAAAUUUAAUAAGAAUUAGAUCACAACUUCUUAAUAAGUAUUUUGUUCUUUGCAAAUAAUUUCUUUGAUGUAAACAUUGUACACAGUUGGAAGAUCAAGAGCUAAAACUGGGUGUAUAACUCAUCAGACGGGGGUCAUGUUUGGUAUGGUACUCUGGCUGUAAACACUGAGGUAGAAUUGAAAAGCUUUAUGUGAGGGUCUAAAGCUUUUUAACCAUUGCUUUAUCCUGGACACAGUAUGCUGUUGUUCUGAGCUCUCAUGUCUUGGUAUCCACUCACCAUUUCACCAUACCUCAUGUAAUGCUUUAAGGUUCUCGCAGAAGGAGCAGUUGUCACCUCACUUCCCUGUGUUUUGCAUCAGACUUCAAGUAUUCUGUGUCAUUAUAAGGAAAAGAAUAAAAAUUA